UUUGAGCUAGAUCUAGGGCGACAAAUCCACAAGGUUUCAUGAACACACAUCAAUAGGUUACAAGGGUUUUAUACAGCCAACUUUGAAAGUUCUGCAGCACUGUUUUAAAGCUAUCUGAAAACUCUCUGCUUAAAGAUGUUGAAGAGGAGACUCUUAUUAAAGAUGAUGAAGAAGAGGAGUAGAUCUUUGAUGACAAAAAAAGAAAAGAAGAGCCGAAACACAUUACAUCUUCCGGAGGAUUUGCUUGUGGAGAUACUCUCUAGGGUUCCGGAGGCUUCACUGGCACGGUUCCGAUCUACUUCAAAAGGGUGGAAUGCUCUUAUAAAAAAAGAUGGGAGACUUGCUAAGAACUCUCUCUUUGUCAUGUUAAUUUAUCGUAAGGUCUAUUUAGUUAAGCUUAAUCUCCACGCCAUUCACGACAACAAAGUUGAAAAGGUAAUAAGUAAGUUCAGCCUCAGUGACCCUCUUUCAAGAUCUUCUUUGAAAGAAGUCGAUAUACGCCGCGUCUGUCACUGCGAUGGUUUAUUGCUAUGCACCACCAUGGACGGCAGACUAGUUGUUUGGAACCCAUGUUCAGGGGAAACCAGUAGGAUUAUCGAACGUUCUUACAGUGGUUUCUAUACCUACGCUCUCGGUAAAUCCUCAUGCAACAACGAGUACAAAAUCUUGAGGGUUAAAAUUCAUGUAUAUGGUUACUGGCUGCCGAGCCUUGUUGAGUAUGGAAUCUAUGACUUUAUAUCUAAUUCGUGGAGGGUUGUUGGUGAGACUAGAGACUGGUACAUUCCAUCAGACCGGCAACAUGGCACGACUGUGGAUGGAAAUACUUACUGGCUUACUCGUAAUCAUUCUCCAACGGGGACGAGGAAUACUGCCUCAUAAUGUUUUGAUUAUACGACAGAGAGGUUUCGACGUGUAUCUCUUCCCGGUGAUACUCUUUCUUGUAAUGUUAUUGCUUUAUCAGUGACUAGAGAAGAGAAAAAUCUUUGUAUAUUAACUUCUCGUGAUGAGGUACACGAUAUAGAUGUAUGGAUGGCAACUAAGGUUAAAGGUACCGGAGACAUGUCAUGGAGUAAACUCCUAACAGUGAAACGAACUUAUUCACAGCAGUUUAUUGCGUUUCGUAACGGGAUGAGUUUCAUGGUCGAUCGGGAGAAUAAAGUUUUAGUGCAUCCCACUAAAUAUAAGAACUCUAGUAACUGCUUACACAUUUUGGGAGAGAAUUAUAAACAUAUAAAAGUUGACCUUGAUGAUCAUGUAGGAUCUACUCCAUUCAGGUCUACUCCAACUUUGGUUCAAAUUCAACAAGGUUCUUUGGGGCUAGGCACAUGGAUAAGCUAGCUCCAAGUUUUCAUGAUAUUUGAGAACUUAAAAUGUAAGUCUUGCUACUCCAUAAUGUUUUAAUUUCUUAUACAAUUCCAAUUCUGUUUCUUCUGCGACUGGAACAAUAUUUUUGGUUAUC